UUUUCCUGGGCUGUUCCCUUGUUACAUUUCCCUCAGGGUUUCUCAAUCUGAAGAAACAGCAGCACCUCUGGGGGACAACCGUAGACACCCCCCAUGGGGCAAGGUCCUCCUGCUGCUAGAGAGGCCCUGGCAGACAGAAGACUCAGGGAGAAGGACAGGAUGCAGGGGGCAGGCCAGCAGAGGUGGCCACCGCUGGGGCUGCUGCUGCUGCUGCUCUGUGUCUCAGGGCUCCAAGCUGAAGGUGAAAGUGAGGAGCAGAAGUGCCUACAGGAGGGCAGGAACCUGACCGUGACCUGUCCUUACAACAUCAACAAGUACGCCUUCAGCCUGAAGGCCUGGCAGCGGGUGAGGAGCGACGGCCACCUGGAGACUCUGGUGAUCACGGAGACUAGAAAUGCAGACCUAAACCUGGCCCAGGCUGGGAGGUACCUGCUGGAGGAUUAUCCCACUGAAGCCAUCAUCAAAGUCACCAUGACGGGGCUCCAGAGGGGGGACGCGGGGCUGUACCAGUGCGUGAUCCACCUCACUUCUCAGAACCUAGUCAUCCUGCACCAUCGGAUUCGGCUAGUACAGUGCAGUGGACUUCUGGAGCUGCCUGGUGUUCCUGCUCUGAUUUUUGUGACCUGUGGAAUCAUCUUGAACAAGGGCCUGGUGUUCUCAGUCCUGUUUGUCUUUCUCCGGAAGCCCAGGCCUCAGAAGGUCUUUGGUCAGGGGGCAGGGCCAGCCCCUGGGACAGUGCCAGGCGUGGGCCAAGAUGCUGGGAUCGAUGCCAAGCGGGCUGAGCGGGUCCCACAGGAUGGGAGGAACUGACAGGAGGUAUCCUCAGCACAAUGGGCCCCAGGGAAACCUCCUCUCCGGAGGCCACCCAUUCGCCUUCCUGCCCUAGUGACAGCACACUCCAUGCACAGUUCAAGGGAAAAUGGAAGGCUUCCUGAAGUCCCGCUGUGAGCUCUCUGCUCAGCACCUGUCCCUCCCAGAGGUGGAAGGAGCUAUUAGCAGAGACAUCAGCAGGGACCACGGGACAGCAAGGCACUUGGGCCUUGAAUAGAGCAACUGGGACUCACAGAGAAGAGUUCCCCUAAGGACCUUGCAUCCCUCCCCCUACAGCCCUCCAGAAGUCCUGCUGGGGACUUUCUGGACCUUGGGUGAAACUUACGCCAAGACCCUCACUCUGCUGGUAUUUUUUUUUUUUAAAUAAACUUAUUUCCAGAGCAGUUUUGGGUUCACAGCAAAAUUGAGGAGAAAUUGCAGAGUUCCCAUAUGCUUCCAUGCUGUCCCCCCUCAACUUUCCCCACUCUCAAGGACCCCCUCAGAGAAGUGCAUUUGUUAUGGCCAAUGGACCUACAUGGACUGCCGAGGUCCGUGGUCCUCAUUUGGGUUCUCCCUUGGCUCUGUGCCUUAAUGGCAUGUACCCACCAUUAUAUCCCAUGGACGAGCUUCUCUGUCCCUGAAAUUCUCCACCUAUUCAUCCUUCCCUUCUGGUCAUUUUUAAGCCAAAAAAAAAAAAGUUUAUUCUGAAAGAAGCUUCAGUAAUUAGCACAGGGAAGGAGGAGUCCAUUUUAAAGUGAAGCUUCCUUCCCAGACCCUUGGAUCUGAGCCCCUCAAGGGACAGAAGGGACAGGCUGGCUUGCUUCCUUUGCUUUGCCAUCUCCACCUGCCAGCUGAGGCGUGGGGAAGCCAGGCUGGAGCAGGGGAGAGAGGAGGAAGGAGAGGGGAGGUCUUCCUAUGCCCCAUGGGGUUCGAGCUGGGGUUCCUUCAUAGGGCGCUGCUGUGGGCUCUUUCACCUGUAGAGUCCUAGACAGGCACAUGUGUCUCUUUCCUGGCCAGCUGCUCCUGCUCCUCCUUUGGCCCCCAAGCCCUUUACAGUCCACUUCUUAUUUUCUUCUGUGGACAUCUGCAGCACCAGGCAGCCUCUUUGGGCAAGAUUAAUAGCAACAACCUGAGCCCAUUGCCUCACAGAUGUGUAGUGACAUCCAGUCCUCGGGGAACACUCACCCACGAGUCUCACGUGGCCCUGGUGGCUCCCGUACAGCUACCAUCAGACUAGCUCAUCACCUGCUGCCCCUGCCUGUCAGUUUUAGAGUUGAGUCAGACAUAGUGGCUGCCUCUUCCAAACUGCAGGGGACACUGGACAAGCUCUCCAAGUCCUGACAUUGAAGCUUGUCUCCCUGGGCUUGAGGUAAGGGAUGUGUCCACUCCCCCAUCCCCAAGGAUCACAGCAGACCAACAGCUGUCUCCUGAAUCCUCUUCACAACUUCAUGCCCUUGAGGGUAAUAAGGGUUAAAGCAACAGCAACAGAAAAAGAGUUUUGCUCCCUCCCUGCUUUGCUGCCCACCAGUCCCCACUGAUCUGGAACACAGCAUCUAUUUUCUUAGGGCUUGCAUGAGUUAAUGUUCACUUGAAGACAACAAAAUACAGUCUACUUAUUUUAAGUAGAAGGGGAUUUUUACUUAUUUAUUUUGGUACUGGGAAUUGAACCCAGAGGUGCUUAAUUACUGAGCCACAUCCCCAGUCCUUUUUAAUAUUUUAUUCAGAGACAGAGUCUCCCUAAAUUGUUGAGGGCCUCUCUAAGUUGCAGAGGCUGGCUUUGAACUCACAAUUAGAAGAGGAUUUUUUUUAAUACAUGUUUUUUUUUUAGUUGUAGUUGGACACAAUAUCUUUAUAUUUAUUUAUUCAUUUAUUUUUAUAUGGUGUUGAACAUUGAACCCAAGGCCUCGCCGGUGCUAGGUGAGCGCUCUACCACUGAGCCAUAAUCCCAGCUCCUAGAAGGGGAUUUUAAAAAAUAGAGUAUUAAAUGGUUUACAGCAUCAGAUCCAACCAUCAGAUCUGGGAAUGACUCCCACAGCCGCACUACAGCAUGGGACUAUUAAGGGGCUACCAGCCUGGCAUUAGAGGAAUCUGGAAAUUUCCCCCAACAGGAACCUGCUGGCACAGCACUGGCUGUAGAAACAGUGCAGACUUGACUCAGGGUUUGCUGGCAAAAUGUGUGCCUUCCUUCCCAGUUAACUUGGCCCCAAACUUUAGUCUCGUGUGAAUGUGUUUGGUGGGUGGAGUCCAAAAUAUCUGGAAGCCCAGCUGCCAGUGAGUGUGAGAAAUGAUUUUGCAGACUGUUGGCUGAAGAAAAGCCCAUGAGAGGGGGUGAGAAUGAAAGUCAAGUCCACAGCAAGCACCCAAAACGAUCACAGUUGAAAUGGACAAAAAGAUAGUUCAAACUUCAGAGUUUUAUUGUUUCUUGUAUGGUCAAUGAAAGACAAAUAUAAUUAAAUGGAAAAUAAACAUCCACUCUCAGUCUUAUUAUGCCAAAUAAACACUAUUGUUCAUUUAUAAAAGUCAUAAUAGCAAGGUCCCAGUUACCCAAAAUAGCACAUUGGGCACAAUGUGAUAUAUAACCCUGGAGGCAUAAAAAGAGACAGAUGCAGAGGACGAAUUCCUACUUUUCCUGUUCCAGGAUUUAUGACACUUUUCUUGGAAACUUCGUGGUGUCUGAGAAAAUGACUUCUGUUUAUCACCAGUCUUCUUUAAUCUAUUCCUGGGGCACCUACAUGAUCGCUAAUCAGUCAGUGACGUGGCAAAAUUCAGCUUCCAAGGCGGUCACGUCAGUGAAAAUUUUUCCAUUUUAGCAUCCCCAAAGUUUUUGAAAACUUGUAAAACUGGAAAUGAUUGCUUUUGGAGCCAAGGGCAGGUCUUUUAGGAUAGAGGCCAGUCUUCAAGGACUGGAGUCCUCUUUGGGGCUUGAAGGGAAGCGAUCAUCUCAUCUAUCGCCUUGACCUAAAGCCCCUUGCUGGCUUAGGACUGUCCAUCUGUCAAGUGUCCUGGUCUGUCUCCUGUCCAGGCUCCCUCAGCCCAACCAUUCCUUCUACUGAAAUUUGCUGGGAACAGAGCCAGAUGUUUGGCACUUGACUCAGGGUUUGCUGGCAAGUGUGGAAUCUCCUCUUCUCCUACGUGCUGUGCACUUGGGGAGAACCCAGUUCCUUUCCCAGGCUGGCCCUCUGCCCUCUCAGUCACAUAAUAAAGGAACACCUACCUGCAGGAAGAUGGGAAGGUAAAUUUCUUUCUUUUCUUUUUUUUUUUAAAAUAGUAUCUAUUUAAUUUUUUUAGUUGUAGUUGGACACAAUACCCCUUUUUAAUUUGUUUUUCUGUGGUGCUGAGGAUCGAACCCAGUGCCUCACACAUGCAAGGUAGGCAAGGCAGGCGCUCUACCACUGAGCUAUAGCCCCAGCCCCAUGGGAAGGUUAAUUUUAGUGCAGGUGAAUGUGCUCUGUUUUAGAUUUUUUUUUUUUUUUUUUUGAGAUGAGGUCUUGCCACAUUUUGCCAGCCGACUCCAAACUCCUGGGCUCAAGCUAUCCUCCUGCCUCAGCCUCCCGAGUAGCUGGGACUAGAGGUGCACACAAAGUGCUGUUUCGGCUUUAGCGGUUUUUGUCUUUUUUCAUGACCUUCAAGCUCCCAAAACGGAGUCAGCAUACUCCUUAUUUCAGGGCCUUCAUUUACCUGUGGAAAUUAUUUGCACUUGUUCAGUUUAAUGUGUUUUUAAAUAUUUCCCACCUUCACCCUCUGGCUCCACUCUGCCCGUUCCUCCCUCCUUGGCAUCUUUAUUCUGUACAUCUUUUCAAUCCACUUUCCUAGACUUACUUACACUUAUGUAGAUCCUUGAACAUUUAUAGAAUUAAUUUUGUGGCUUUAUUUUCAGACAAAUUUCACUCAACUGUAUUAAAAAAACUGCAAAUCAAAAGAAAAGCUGUCCUGCAUACCCAUCUUGCACACCAUCCUUGUGUCAUCUGUCACCAUGAGAGUGGCUUUGUGACUCUGUCAAUAGCAGUUGAUGGUCAAGUGGAAUCUAGGAGGAAAAGACAACAGACAGGAGAGCAGUAGGGAGACUGUUAGAGGAGAAAGGGACCCAGGGGGAGAGGAGGAGAGGGGAAGGUUAGGGGGUGGAUAGAUCAAAGUAUGUUCACUGCAUGUAUGAAUGUUCCACAAUGAACCCAUUCUUCUGUGUAAUUGAAAUGCACUAAUAAAAUUUUUGUUCUCAAAUUUCUAUGCUGUCUUUCCCAGCUGUGGGGGAAAAAAUAAAAUCAAGACUAGUUUGUCUCCAUGUGCAAUGCAUUCCAACAUUUCUUUAUAUCACAUAAAUUGUAC